AUGAAAAAUCGAUCGUUUACUCCGGAGCAAGUCCAACAAUAUAUCGGAGCCUUCUCACAAUUUGAUACAGAAGGGGAUGGUUCCAUAGAUGUAAGACAAGUGGGCCAAUUAAUGUUGUUGAUUGGAUUAACGCCUUCCGAAGAAGAAAUAACGAAAAUUAUGAAUGAAAUUGAACAGGAGAAUGGAGAUUUAAUUCAAAGGAAGAGAAUUGAAGAAGCACAAAUGAAUGAACAGGAAAUGGAAGAGCCAACGAUCCGUAUGGGAUUUAUUGAUUUUCUAAAUAAGCUUGAGGAAUUUAAAAAGAUUCAUCCCGAACAAUUUAUAACUGUUGAUAUGAAAGAUGAAUAA